AAAAAGAGUGCAGAUUGGGUGUAUUUUAGCGAUUCUUUCAACAGUACCUACUCACAUCGCCAGAUUUUUGUUUCAGGCAACUCAGUGAGUCUGUUAUCUCUGGCUUAUAAGCAUCAUGAUUUGGAUUUUAUGGUCAGCUUAAUCAACAGCAAUAUUUUGCUUGCAACAAGACUAGAUAACACUAAAAACUUGGAAUUUAAGAAACUUGAUUAUUCUCAAGAAAAUAUCUUGAACAGGCAAAGCCAAUAUACCCAAGGCCAAAACACCCAAGCCUCUAAUGUGCCUUUAGAAAGAAGUUCAAAAACUUCUAGUGAAAUGAAUGCUGAACAACUGUCUCAAAAUGCGCCAAGAUCAAUUGAAAAACUGUUGAAAUAUGACUCAGGCAAGAAAUCUGACAUACCAGAAGGAAAUGUCCAGGUCAGUCUGAUUUCUCAGGGAAAUGAAGAAACAAAGAAAAAAAUAAUUUGUAAACACCAGUAUUUUGUUUGGCUUUUCCAUGUUCUAAAUCUGAAAGCAGCCAUUACAGACAAGUUCAAAAGUGCAACAGUUGAGAUGAGUGAGCUUGAAUCUGCUAUAAUCAUCAAUGGAAAAAAAGGUGAAGCAAGACUUCUUAAAGAUGUCAUAACGUUAGAGACUGAACAGGUGACAACUAUUUCUUAUUGAAUAUAUAAUAUAUAUGUAUAUAUAUAUAUAUAUAUAUAUAUAUUAGACUACCAUUUGAAAAUUUAAAGGCAGUUGAUGAGUAUUUUGAUUUUUUAAUUUCCUUCUGACAAUAAAAAUGGCAUGUAAUUCAUAAUCCUUUUCCUGACACCAUUUCAUGUUUAUAGGUGCAUGUUUUCAAGAAAAGCUUCCUUUUCUAAUGUCGUCUUCCAGGCAGCUUUCUCCUAGAAUUGGAAAUCAAAUUCAAAAGUUGAAAUUUCUUGUUGAACUUUCUCUUUCAAGUCAGCAAUGCCAUAGUUUAAAUGUUGGUUUUUUUUUCUCUUUUAUUUCAGAUUUCUCUCACUGAAGCUGAUGAGAAACUUCUUGUUGAUGAAAGUUUUCAGAAACAUGUUGAAACAUUUGUGCUACAGUCCAAAUGGCACCUUGUGUUAGAUGGGGAUUUAAGUUUGACAAUGUUUGUCAAAGAUUAUGCUGAUAAUGAGGUGAGUUCACAACCUCUUCUGUAUCCUCCAUAUAAUGAAGUUAAACUUAGUAAAAAUAUUGUUACUUUCAUGUUCCAUUACAAAUCAGUGAAAGGUCAUUAGGUCAGUUAAUGAAUGGAUUUGUAAUGAUAUGGAUGGCUUUUUAUUCUAAUGAUUAAUUUUGUGGAUGUGUGGAACAUUUAUUCUAUUGUUAAUUUUCCCAAAAAAUUUUUAAACCCUUUUAUUAAAAAAAAAUAAAGUCAAUUGCAAAUAUUUUUUUUACUUUGAUCUAAUAACUGGAUUCUUAAUGAAUUUCAGAUAUCAUUACAAGACUUUCUGUUAUUAAUUUUGUCUUUUGGAAACAUUGAGUCAAAUCCAAGUGAGAGCGUUGAAGGAAGUCUGCAGUGGGUCUCACACAAAGAUACAUGUAGCCCUGUCCAGCAUUACUCUAUAGACGCCAAAGAAUCAGUCAGCUUUGUUUCCAGCCCACAACCACCUGAGGACACAUCAUUCAGCAUUAUCAACAGUGACUUUUGUACGUGGACACUGGAUGUUCCGGAGGACAGACACCAUAUCAUGGCCUUGAAUGCUGACCCAAACGGAUCAGUGAUGACAAAUCCCUUGAUUAAGGAAGAUAAUCAUGAUGAAAAGACACUUGAUCAAAAUAGUCAAGCAUCUGAUAGCUCUUCAGAAAUUAAAAAGAAUUUAAGUAAAUUCACCAUAAUUUGCAGGCAUCAGUUUUAUGUCUGGCUUUUGGACAUUUUAGACUUAAAAUCGGCAGCCAUGAAGAAAUAUAAGGGUCUAAAAAUGGAGUUGAAGGUCGAUGACACCGAAGUUGUUAUUAGUGGCAAGGGAGAUGAUGCAGAGAAAGUAAAGACAUUAGUAUUAUCACAGGAAGAAAAGGUAAACAUAAGACUUUAUAAGUAAAAUGUCUGAUUAAGCCUUUUCACUUACAACAAAAGGGUAUAAAUAAAUACUUAACAUGUCAGUUGAUUAAACGCUUUUACACAAAUAAUUAUCAACAAUUAUCCUGAAAAAAGAGUCCAGGGUUUUAGUUAUUUCUAUUUAUGUUUUAAAAGGAAGACAUGUAUUAAAAUAUUUAUAAUGGUCCCUCCCAACAGAUUGUGUUGACUGAUGAUGAGGAGGACUUCCUGGCAGAGUCACAUGUUCUUCAACAUAUGAAAUCUGUUGUAAGAAAAGCUGGAUAUUGUAUUGAUAUCAAUAAUGAAUGGGGUGAAGGUUUCAUUGUGACAGAGGAAGGUAAUCAUCAGGUAAGUAAUUCAAAAGUAUAUGAUUAAGAUUACUCAUUUUUACCACGAUAUAAUCUCUUGUUUUUCAAUGAAAUUAUUAAUCAAUUAUCAUAAAUGAAGCUAAAUAACUUUAACUGCCCGGUAAUUCACUGUAGAAAUAUGGCUAACCUGAUAACAGAGGUUUCACAUAAAGAUAAAUCCAUGUUUUAAUCUGAUUGCUGAAGAUGUGAAACGAAAUUGGUACAAAUAACAGGACAUAUGAUUUUCUUAAAAAUAGUAUCUUCUAUGCUUCUUCAAAUUUAAGGUCAAUAGGACUUUAAUUUUAUAAUUUUCUUAAUAUUUUCAUUAAUAUUUUUAUUUUCAAACUGCAUUACAACCAACAUGAUAAUCAAUACAUACAAUUCUCAAGGUAUGAAAGAAAGUAUGAUGUAAGGGUGAGUUCAAUAGAAGGAAAAAUAAAAUUCCUGAUAACUGUGCUACAUGAGAUUCUUAAAAAUAUCGCAAGUCCCUUUGGUGCGUAAUAUUUUCUUUUGUUUUAUGGAAAUAGUCUCAAUUUAAAUAUUGGGGAAAAUAUCUGUGAAGUACAAGGGGGUGGGACAUUAGAAUAUUAACAUGUUUCAGGGGCAUGAAAAAAGUGUGCGGAGGUGUACCUCGGAGGAGGGGAUGUCGCACUAAUUGGGAUUCUCAUAAAGUGCGUUACUUGAAUGCAUGUUUUUGUCCACUAACUUUAGUAGAUGGGAAGUUCACACAUUGCCGCUGCAUUUUUGCCGGGCUAUAACUAGUUUAUCAAGACUGCAGGAAAGUGGUUAAAUUAUAAAUAUAUUUUUUUUAGUUGAAAUAUAAUUCAUUUGCUAACUUUUAAAAUUCUAACGAGUUAUUUUGUUUCCAGACUUCCUUUCAAGAAUUGAUUUCCUUAUUGUUGGUGAAAAGAUAUUGUCAGCCAUUUGCCCGAGCAUCUUAUCAGAACAAACCAGAAUGGCGGGACUUUGUUGACUCAAUACAUUCUACACACCCACUGAGUCGCAUAAUCGUAGAUAACAAAGAUGUCACACUUUUGACAGUUAGCGAAGGCAAAGAUUGUACAACUAUUUUAAGAAAUAUAAAUGAGUUUGUUUCUCUUCUGGGGGAUUCCCCUCCUCAACCUACUGUUUCAACUCAAGACAUGAUGAAAUUAAAGGAAGGUAAUGAUUCCAGGCCUGAAAGUCAGGACAGCCGCAACGGAAGUUCCCAAAAAGACACUAGCAAACAGUCAUUAAAUGUUAGACAGUUAGCCAUGAAAUUUGAGGGGAAAACUCUGGACCAAAAUGACCAAGAAUUUAAAAGAGCUUUUAUGAAACAGGCAUCAGCAGAUAGUAAAACUGUCAAAGAGAUCAAAGUUAAUAGAGCAGAAAAUAUUCUGGAAAAGUCACCACAAAAAGAAAUGAAUAAAGAUGACAUUUUAAAUGAACCCAAGGUCAAGGUUUUUCCUAUACAGUCUGAAAUUAAAACCAGUAAUUUCAAACGUGCACCUCCUGAAAUCUACACCUUUACUGUGCACCAUUCAUCUUUCAGCCGAUUGGCAUCAAGUGGUGAACGAAGAUCAUACAGGUUGAUGAAUGAUAAAACAGAGACUGGCGAAUUGUUUUAUCGUUCAAAAAGUUUAGAAGAGCCCCUGAGUACCCGCGUAUACUCUCUAACACCCCAGGAAAGUGCUUGCUACAGCAUGUUUCUACAACAUGACCUGGACACUUUGAUAGAAACCCACAAAGACUUUUCAGCACAACUCAACUAUAACACUGACUCUAUUGAGGUCAAGGCCACUUCCAAGGAGGUUGUAGACUCAAUCUGUGAGAAAAUGGAAAGUCUUUUUAAAAUGAUUCAGUUUGAAACCCAGCAUGUCUGCUUUCCUGGAUUGGAACACUUUGUUGAAACAUUGGAUGGCCUGGAGUUCAUUGAAUCCAUAUCCACCACUUGUCAAUGUUUUGUAGAAUUCCCAGAUGAAGUUUCACUUCCCCAAGAUAAACAACUAACAAGACCUGACUAUAGAAUUGUUUCCCUUGGAACAGCCAUGUGCAAUGGCUUCAAUCUUCAUCUGCUAAUCGGUAAUAUUAAAAACAGCAAACCUCAGUUGAAAGUGGAAUUUUCCCCAUCUAAAGGUAAUGGUAAACUUAUUCUUUCUUUCACUGCAUAAUUACUGAAGAAAAGUUAAACCUUAGUCUAAAUAUAUUUAUAUGUUAUAGGCUCUAUAUAUAUGUUAUCUGAUCACAAUUUUUGUAUAUUUUUCAAACUUCUCUUUUCCAGUCAGUGAAUGUUCUGUAAAGCCUCAAGGAACAAGCAGUCACUUGGUGUUGCAAUUCCCAGCAUGCUUUUCAAAUCAGGAGAGUCAAAUGGAAGAAAGCUUUAAAAACUCAAUAUCUCUAGUCCUUCAACAGGCUAAGUACAUGCAUUGUGCCAGUCUUAUGUUUUCAACUGCCCCCUUGCAUGAUGCCGAGUCCGGAUUAUCUUUCAGCCGCCUAGCAGAAAUUGUUUUGGGCCAGCUGUUAGGGACGUAUAAAAGUAAAAAUCUUAGCUUUGAUGUCAAUAAUCCUGAUGUAUAUAUUUGUGAGCCAGGCAGUGUGGAAUUGUUUGAAGCCUUUAAAUCCAUUCUGGGCAAGUUUAAUUUAAGUUUUGGACCACCUGACCAAAACAGUUGGGAAAGAAUUUCUCUACCAGGUAAAUAUGGCCAAAUAAAUAUUCAUUCUUUUUUCUGAAAUUAAUUUCAUUGUUAAAUUUGUAACUUUUUCAUCACCAAAUGUGUUAAGAAUAAACCAAAUAUGAUUGAAUUACACCAAAUAUUAUUGAAUUACAUCAAAUAUAAUAAUAAUAAUAAUAAAGUUCAUUUCAAAAACACGCUUCAUCCCCAAAGGCUCGAAGCGCUGUACAAAGUCAACAAAAAACAAAUCUAUAAUUUACCACAUUUAAAACAAACACAACACUACAAAAACUAAUUACAAGCAUACAAUGGCAAAGUCUUUCUAGCCAUUUCAACCAUAAGCAACACAGCCAUUAUGCAUUAACUGGAAAAUAAGGUAGACAAUCAUCCCAGAAGGUGUUUGCGAAAUACAUGUGUCUUUAAAUCGGUUUUAAAGGACUCCAGUGUCUAGUUGUUUCUGAGAUCGACAGGAAGGGCGUUCCAAAUUGUUGGACCAGCAAAUGCAAAAGUGCGCUUUUCAUAAGUCUCAAGGCAAACACGUGGUGUCGAGAGUUUGCCACUAUCGGAUGAGCGGAGCUCUCUAGUGGGUACAUAAGGCGUCAGAUUACACCAGAUAUGCUUGAAUUACACCCAAUAUGAUUGAAGUACCGGUAGGUCAGGUAUGAUUGAAUGACACCAAAUUUGAUUGAAGUACAUCAUUUAUGAUUGAAUGACACCAAAUUAUAUUUUAGAUUUCUACCAGUAUUUCAACAUUUAUUACAGACGAAACAAAAGUGACUGAUUACAGACAACUGAAAGUCAAAGUCAAAGUGGAGCCUCAAAGUCAUCAAGUUGUUGUAAGUAACAGAUAUACAAAUGUUUCCACUUCUUCUUUCCAUUUCGUCUUAUAGUUAAACAUAUGUCACCAUUUCAUCUUUCCACUUAUAGCUAAUCUAAGAUGGAGAUCUAUUGGUUUAUUGUUAAUUCCAGUUUCACUAUUUGAAAAAAGAAGCAUUUCACUGUUGUCAUGGAGAUGAGAUCAAUGCACCAAAUUAUGUAAUACCGUUUCAGGAUACCAGAACUUUGGUGUGUUACCCCGUGCCGCUAAACCUGGACACUUCUUCAUGCCCUAUCCUGCAGGAGAAGUUCUGCUCCGUACCAGAUUUAGAGCAAGCAGUUCGUAAAUUCCAAAUGAACUACCCUGAAGGUCUGUCAGUUGGGGACUCGCUACAAGUCAGCUGUUUGGAAGGCAACCGAGAGGCUUUGCUAUACGCCUGCCCAGAAUGGAGUUUUGAUAGUGAAAUGGUGAAUUGAGUUUACGGUUUAGAUUAAGUGAAAUAAAGAUAAUAAACACUCUGUAGGCGGACCGCAGGGUCAGUCUGUACAAAAAAUUAAUUAACUACCCAUACAAUUAUUUAAUUCCUAUAUUAGUACAGCUUUAUAAUUAUAUUUAAGCAUAUUAUAUUUUAAGCAUAUUAUCAAAUCAUUCCAAUAAUUCAAGUAUUAAAUUUGAUAAUUAGCUAAUUAAUGAUAAGAAUCAAAUAUGAAAUAAUCUUUCCUUAUGGAAGUAAAAAGUAUACAGUUUUGUUUGAAAUGCAGAUUGUAUUCCUCAGGCUAUUCAUGAUGCCCUUGAGGCCUGCUUGCUUGGAUCUUCUGACUUUGAAGCAGUUCACAUUGUACCUCCAGGGCUCCAUGCUCAACCCAAAUACCCUAAAAAGUUUUUGACCCACAGGGUUUUUCAAAUACUGGACCAACUUCUGCUUGAGAAAGUUAUCUUCAGACAGAGACACAUUGUGUUGGUAGUAGAGGACAAACUCUAUAGGAAGGUGAAAUGAGUAGAUAAAUGAAAGCUUUACAAAAUCCUAUUUUAAUGAUCAAACUACUUUUUCCAAACUUAAAAUUAAGAUCAUGUUUUUAAUUAUUUUUUUCCUUUUCAAAUAAUUAUUGAAUUGUUUAUAAUUUAACAUUGGCGUCUACCUGUCACUAUUUUGUUCUGUGUCUACCUGUCACUAUUUUGUUCUGUGUCUACCUGUCACUAUUUUUUUCUGUGUCUACCUGUCACUAUUUUUUUCUGUGUCUACCUGUCACAAUUUUUUUCUGUGUCUACCUGUCACUAUUUUUUUCUGUGUCUACCUGUCACAAUUUUUUUCUGUGUCUACCUGUCACUAUUUUUUUCUGUGUCUACCUGUAACUAUUUUUUUCUGUGUCUACCUGUCACUAUUUUUUUCUGUGUCUACCUGUCACUAUUUUUUUCUGUGUCUACCUGUCACUAUUUUUUUCUGUGUCUACCAAUACGUUUUACAAAUCUGUGGAGGCUUAUAGAAUUAUGACCCCCAAAAUUUGUGAUAAGAAAAAGUUAUGUGUCGCUGAGUAUUCUGGGUAAGCUUGACUCACUGAAGACAAUGAACCACUAAGGAAAAGUCAACACUUGGGCUAUUAGAUAUCUUCAGUGACCAACUGCACAAAAAAGAUAAAUUAUAAAAAAACUAAAAGCUUCUCAUUCACCGAUGAACGGAUGAUCUAUCGAUUUUUACACAUAAGUAACAUUUUCAGUUCAUGUUCUCGUAAAAUUGGUUGAAAGCUAAACUGAUUUAUUUUCCAAUAUUAAACAUUUUUAGGCAUCGAUUUUGACUACAAACAAAUUGUAGGAAAAAUUCAAUCAAUCAAUCAUUCAAACAAUCAAUCAAUCAAUACACCAGGAGAAUUUUGACUGCUUUUUACAUGCAUUUGAUUCCUCAUUGAUCACAUGAUAGGAAAUCAAAAACUACAGCAUGAGCCAAAAGUAACCUCACUGAAAAGAAAAGACAAAUAAUAUGUCUUUGUUGUCAUCUGUAGACUUAUGUUUUCUGAAAGAAACUAACAUACUUACCAUUAGCAUGUUGAUUUACCACAAUAUGCAUAAUGGUAAUGUUCAUAGUGUGCACCGCCUUGUUGUAGACCGUGUUCAUAUGGCUCACAUAAAUGUUCAAACUGUUAUGUACCAUUCUAUGGUUUUGUAAAUUUAAUCUGCUUUAAGAUUUGGCUUGUAGAAUGAACACUACGUAACAAAGGAAUGAAAACCAGUAGACAAAGAAAUAUGAUACCAAAGCUAGUGAUGUUACCAAUAUUCAAUUUAUUAUACUAUUAAUUUUAUAUAAAGAAUUCAAAAUCAAAUAGACAGAUAUAGUGGAAAAAGUACAAUCCUCAAAAGAUACAAAUAUUAGUUCACACAACUUAAGUGUAAAAUCUUGUAAGUAUACUAUGUCUCGCAAAUAUCUAGGAAAAGUAGCCUUGGCUUCCUCAUCCUCAAGGAAAUAGGGGGACGAUAUACUGAGUGUGUGCUGAAUCAGCACACCCUAUGUUCACAUAUGCGCCAUGUAGCAGUAUCUGGACAAUAAUAUCUGGCCACUCAAAACCAAGGAACUGUGUUGUCCAGUUAUUGAUGUAACUGUCCAAGUGAAUGUGGCUUUCCUCAAAGAACCACUCAUUCCUAAAAUAUGGACACCAUGGUCAAAAAUACUCUAAAAUACAUCUUUCUAGCUCACAUAAUUGGCUGUCAAGCAUUGUCCAACCUGUAUAUGGUACGAAAAUGCACCUAUGCCCUUAGAGAUGCAGGGAAUGGACAUAUUGCUGAUGUUCGUCAUAGACUUCCUAGGGCAUAUUGAAUCUGCUUCAGAAUACGCCCAUUAUUAUUAGUUGAAAAUUUAACUGAUCGACUUCUUACCCUUCCAUUGCGGCAGUAACCUUACUGAACAAUGAAAUUUCCUGACUAUAAGUAGCAUAACUCUUAUUGAAUUUCUCUUUGAAUUGUUCUGACACCUUUUUUUAAACUCGCGCCCGCCCCGCCCCCCUCCUCCUUUCCACGACCAGUUCCAUAUGAGCUAAAAUAGUGCUCAAUUAUGGAACGUUUUUUCACUGUUGAAAGACUCAACAACUUCCUGACACCUCAGGGAACACAUGGCGCUGGCACUAUGCACCGUUGUCAAAAGCACGUACACGUUUAAGAUGCUGGAAUGUCAUUACUGUUACGUUUUAUGAUUAUGCAUUCUGUAUUACAGCAGAUAUAAUUAUCUUAUGGUAAAGAUUCAAUAUAGUUAGUGUAAUAGUGUUUUGUUCUACAGGCUUUUGAGAAAGAGUUGUGCAAACGUUUCUCUAACCUUGAUGAGGAGAAGAAUGCUGAUGUGAUCUCUAUUAAAAGAAGUGAGUUGAAAAUAAUUAAGUAAUUAACUGGAUGCAUCGUAACAAGGGCCGUGACAAGCAUCCGUUUGGGCACCUUCUUCCCAAAUAUGUAUAUAUUAAUACAAAUAUUUUGCAAGAAAAAUUAUUUUGACACCUUCUGAAGAUGGUAUCUGAGGCAAGUGCCCGGGGCAGGUACUACCUUGCCACAACACCCUCCCUUUUGCAUGGCCCUGGUUUUAAACAUUUAUACCAUAAAUAAACAUCCACAUUUUUGGAAUUUUUUUUGUGGUGUGAAUUAAAAUUUGCUUCAUUUUAAAAUAAAUAAUUUUUUGUUUCAGAGGGAGCAAGAAAUAGUUAUACAGAAGACACAGAUAUGCUCAGGAACAAAAUAUCUUCUUCUUUAGUGUCAUUUGGGGCAAUUUCAGAAGAAAACAUAAAAAAGGCAGCUGCAAUGUUAACUGAUCAGUUAAAUCAUCUUAUAUCAUCUACAACUGUCAAACUCUCUCUUAAAAAGGAUGCGACUCUUUUAUGUGAGGUAAUUAUCAGUCUUUCCAUUGUACCCUUUGUAUAAUUAAUUUCAUGUACAUUAACUCAAAUUAGAUAAGGAAAUUAAAAUAUAAAUUUUCCCCUUUAAUUCAUUACGUUGAUACAUCAACUUCCUAGUGAUAAAUAAAGCAAAAUAUCAAAUAUCAAAUGUAUUUGGCAAACUUAAAACAACAUUUUCCUAAAAGUUUUCCUACAAAAAAAGAUAUUUUAUUUUUGCAUUUCUUCACUUACAAUAUGCGCCAAAAGUAACUAUUGAGACUGUUAGAUCUUGAAUGCAUAUGUGCAUUUGUCAAUAGUGCACAGCUCCAGCCACCAGUAUUCUCUGAAGUGUCAAAAAAAUAGUGUUACGGAAUUUGUUGGAAAUGGGUCAAAUUGGAAGGAACAAUUUUUUUCAAAAUUGAUAUCAUUUUUGUUCGUUCGUGAAGGAGGAUCAUUUCUGAAUAAAGGGGGUAGAACAAUGCCAAGAGAGAUUUAAUAACAUGGCACCAAGUAACACGGUUACGCUUUCUAUUGUUACAAAAUUUUGCCAUUAAGGAAGUGUUCAUCUGUGUAUUGUGUAAAUGUGUAUUGUGAAACUGUGUAUUGUGAAACUGUGUAUUGUGAAACUGUGUAUUGUGUAACUGUGUAUUGUGAAACUGUAUUGUGUAACUGUGUAUUGUGAAACUGUGUAUUGUGUAAAUGUGUAUUGUGAAACUGUGUAUUGUGUAAAUGUGUAUUGUGUAACUGUGUAUUGUGCAACUGUGUAUUGCGUCUAUGAUUGGAAGAGGACAUCUGAUAGAACAGUAUGUUUUUCUAUGACGCUCAUGCUCUUCAGAAGGUGCUGUGUUGGCCCCUGUGACGUCUUUGAGGAACAUCCUUCAAGCUGAACAUCAUCCAUGUAUCUGUUCGCUGUUAAGGAUAUAUUUGUAUUUUGUUCCCUGGUACAUGUUGGACAAUGCUUGGCGGAGCCAUAAAUGCAGGACAGAAUGAUGUGUUGUGGACACUUCUGGCUGUGGUGUUCGAGGUUCAAGAUUUUAAUAAGAAUAAGUGAUUCUUCGAUGAAAGUCACAUUCGUUAACAGGUCAAUCAGACUUUCUCUUCUGUUGACAUUUUACCUUUCCACCUUGGCGCCCCUUUAAAAAAAUCGCUCCUGGAAUUGCUUUUCCCCCCUUUUUUAAAAUAGGGUCACCCUUUACGUUGACUAACGCAUGAGUAAAAUAUUGCUCAAAUAUAAAUAAUUUUUUCCUUCAUGGACAGACCCAUUUCAAAACAAAAAGUACCUAAUCCUUUUCACUUCCAUGGUUAAGUGGCAUCUACAUAUAUGAACCUUGACAAAAAGCAAGUAUGCAUUCGGCAUUGAAGAUGCAAGAGUUUCAGAACAACUAGUUUUGGUGAAUGCUGUAUUUUCAUUUUAAAAGAUUAUUAAUUGUUCUGAUUUCAAAAUUUUGAGAAACUUUCUUCAUGGAAAAUUGUGAUUGAUACUCCUCAUAUAAGAAGAUGAAUAACAGAAAUAAUACUUUAUAUUUUCAGAGUCUGAUAAAACAAGAGCAAGAUUGGCUUGUUUCUAUUUUCUUAGAAAAGCUAUUUUUAGAAAAAACUGCUUCAGAGGAAUUACCAAAAAAACAAAAAAGAAAGAGAAAGAAAAGUAAAGGAACUGAUCAGAAAAAAUGUCUACCGUUAGUUGGAUCAACCCUAACUAUAGAAGGUCUGAGUAAAAGGGUGGUUGAUGAGUUUAAGAAUAGAUUAACUCAUAAAUCGAUCACUUAUGAUGAAUGUGGUCCUGACCAACAUCCUCAACAAUAAAAUCUAUUGGAUUAAAAAUAUGAUAGAAUAAUUUUUGCAAAAAUUAAGUAUUUUUCAUUUUUAUUGCACAAAGUUGUCCUUGACUCUCAGCAUUGUUCAAAGUUUUAAUAAUGUAUCAAAAAGCAAUAAGAGUAGGGAAGGGGAGGAAGAGAGUCUUGGGUAGAGGAUGCAAUUUUUUUUUUUCAAUUUACAGAAUCAGAGAAACCUAGAUCUCAUUAAAUUCUGUUAUAUGUGAAAGCUUCAAAAUCCCAUCAUGUAAUUUUUCCAAUGUUGUCUUGUGAACUGCAUUAUUUUAUUACUGUAAAAUUCAUGAUUCCUCUGACAAACUUUUGAAAGAAGUGAUAUAUUUAUUAUUUGACAUCAUUUUUUUGGGGGGUAUAACUUUGAGUCACAAACUGUUUGAAUGGAUCCCAAGCCAACCCACAAAAUACAGUCAUUCAUUUUCUUAUUCAUGAUGAUGAUGCUGAUAUUUAUUAUUACUAAACCGUAAUCUUGAAUUAUCAUAUCAGAGUUUUUCAAGCAUUACUUUAUUACAAUAUAAAGUAUGGCUAUUAGGCUACUACUAUAACAUAUCUGAUAAAAUGGCAGUUUGAGAAAAAUACAUUUCAAACUAGUUUAGAAUUAAUAUUAAUUUUGCAACAACCCAUGUGAUUCUUAUAUUUUAUUACAAUAUAAGGAAAAAAAUGAGAGAAAUGAAAGAUAAAUAGUUCCAUAUAAGGCUGACAGUAUGGUAUUAAAAGCUCUUUUACUUAAAUUUUACUUAGUUUUUACUUGUUUUGAAUUUGCAAUGAAAAUAUAUUUAAUAUUAUAAAAUUUGUAAUGAAAGAAAAGUAGAGGUCUGGCUCAAUAUGUUCCAGUGGAAGAAUUAUAGGAUUUUGUGAAAUUUGGUAUUUGAGGAGAAAAAGACAUACAAGAACGUCCUUCUUGGGUGUUUGGUUUAGCACAUCCUGUAGUUGAUGGUAGAAGUCGUCCACAUCUUCGUCACUAUAAUCUGUAGUUGGUGCAUACGCCUGCACGAUGGUCAUGUUGAACGGUGUUGCCCUUAGACGAAGAGUGAUGAGUCGGCUCUUAAAGAGGGUAAACAAAAAAGGAAAUACCAGAAUCAAAUUUGACCUGGAAAAGCUGAAGGAUCCCAAUGGGAAACACCACAACCUGCUCUAGGUUGUCACGGUCAGAUCGCGUGAGUUUUUUGUGUCAACUUCUAUAAUGUUAAUUUGACCAAUCGUGGGUGAGUUUAUUUUCCCCGUGUGCCCCACGAGUUUUUAUUUUUUCUCGGUCAAGGUAUGACCGGUGUGCUGUGUUAGAAAAAAACCACGUGUGUGAGUUGAGUUUUUAAGGAGUGAACAGUGGCGAGUGCUGUGGAUAUGGUGUAUGAUUUUUGUCUUGAAAAGGCAGUGAGUUUUUCUACGGAUGGAAGAGGACUUGUGUAACUUUAACUGUUUUGUGUAGUGGCAU